CAGAAAUCUACGCCCAACCAAGAGGAGAGUGCAGACAGUUUGGGGUCUUUCCGUCCUUUAAAUUAGUGAAGCCGGUCCACUCUCCACAGCCAUCCUCUGGGACCACACACGCACAUUCCAACUGUCUCUCUCCUCCCUCCCUUUCUCUCUCUCUCAACACACACACAUCCACACACGGACGCUCAUAUAGGAGGAUCCCGGCAGAGAGCAGGAGGGUGCACAGUCGAACGAGCACCGAGGCGCACUACUUCUUUAACUUCCCCUGAACCGCCUCAGCUUCGUGCUGCAUCAACAGGGACCUACAAACAAAGGGGGCAGUUCUAGUUCCAGCCUCGUCCAGACAGUCAUACUGCUAGUCAUCUGUUUCAGCCCGAAUCCUGCGGAUUUUAUCCUUCGUCUUUCUGUCAGCGAACACCGCACUUACGCAGAUCAAUUAAGGGGCACGCACGUUAGGCGCGCUGCUAUUGGGCUGUACGGGAAAAUUGAAGCGACUGUCGGUGUGUGGGUGCUGCAGUGUUCACCUGCAUCUUCAGACUUGGAGCAGAGCAACAGCCGCCGGCGGCGCAUCAGUGAGGCUUUCCUGACCAUACAAGCAGACAGAGAUUUAUAGAGGAGCGACAAACGUAAAGGAGUUGGAGUAGCAGUACUUGUGAACAACAGAUGGUGUCGUCCAGGACAUGUUACUGUGAAGUGUCGUCUCUGCAGUCCAGAUAUUGAACUGUUAGCAGUAGAACAACCCUAUAUCAAGCUGCAGCCAUGGAAGAGAUGGACCUGCCCCAGAUGAAGAAGGAGGUGGAGAGCCUCAAAUACCAGCUGGCCUUCAAACGAGAGAAAUCCUCCAAAACAGUCACAGAUUUGGUCAAAUGGAUUGAGGACGGUGUUCCCGAAGAUCCCUUUCUAAACCCAGAGCUGAUGAAAAACAACCCGUGGGUGGAGAAAGGCAAAUGCAUCCUCCUCUAGGAAGAAGAAACCUCCAACCUCCCAGGACCGCCAGUUUCAACAGUAACCCUACAGAUGACCCCUGAAGCCAACCCAGACUGUGAGGGCAGAGGCGGGACAUCGCCAAAUGAGCCCUCACCAUGAAUGUACUACAGCUGAUAUCCCCCACCUCACCCCGCACACACAAACAGCAACAAGUGCACAGAAACAAUGACACUUGCACACUUCAUCGCUCCAAACCUUGUCUGACUCUUCACGUUUAUUCCUGCCAAGGCAACCUAGCAUCACUAUGAUAUGAGAGCAACAAUUAUAACUUGUACUACACUGGUUUGUAUGAAUAUACUGUAUGAUUAUUUAUUUAUAUUGCCAUCAGUCGCAUUUUCUUAGCAGAAGUUUUUUUCUAAAUUCCCACUUUAAUGAAUCAGAGGUGUUUAAUACCAUCACAUUCUCACUGCCAGACUGACUAUAGGUGUGCUGGAAGAAAUUUAAGGCUAUCAUCAUCAUUAAAAACACAACCACAUUUAUUUACUUUUAACUCAAACAAGAUAAUUCACAAAUAUGAGGCUAAAAAACUGAUAUAUGUCUUAGGAGUUUUAUUAAAACUGAAAUAAAUAACCAAGAAUAACUUUUCAGAUUGAGUAAGUAACUGUAGGUGAGUGAAAUCUGGUUUUGAUGGUUCUUCCAAUACAAAAGUUAGCAUUUACUGGGUAAUCAACAUAAGAGUGUUGUCCCCUGUAGACAUAUAUUUCUUUGCAUCAAUUAACCAUAGUUUAGAGAGUAAAACUGAUGGACAUAAUAAUGUUUGAUUUGAAGAAUAGCAGAGAAAAAUCUUGUAAAUCUCAACAGUUUAGCUAAACGUUAUCGUCAGCAAAGACGUUUAAACUGUUGGGUCCAGUCCAUACUAAAACAAUAGUCUGCAAAAGCGAACAUGCAAGUGGACAUAUUCAGUAAUGACCCCUUUAAAAGUGGGGAAUAAAAAAAAAAAAAGCUUUUUGGGUAGACCUGAUCAUGAACUAGCAGCCUGCUUUGUAAAGAUUGAUUUCUGAGCAGGAACAACCAAAUAGCAGUUAUUAUGUGUUUUUCAAGAUCUGUCUCACUUUGUUCUGACUCUGCCACCAUAAACCUCAAAUGCAAGCUGAAAAACGUAAAAAAUAAGAGGUAAUGUUAAAUACUUUUUAAGAAAACAUGAGCUAUGAUUGUUUUGGGAGAAUCAUUAUUCUAGCAAUACAUUAGACUUGCUAAUAAUGUUAGCCCUUUGAAUUCAUUGAGACGUUCUGGUAUGGCGUUAGUAAUUUAGCUUUUCACUGGAGCUUUAGAGUUUUUUGGGUACAUUUUUUUGAGACACUGUAAUCCUUCCAUAGUGAUGGAUGUUAAUGACUUUUUUUCCUGUGUUUUUUGAUUUAUUUUAAUUGAGACGUCAUGUGUUGCUCUUUGAGGUCUUCUACUUCAUGUUGUCAGACAGUUUCUAUUUUAAGCGAUUGCUUGAUUCUACGAGUUUCAUUCUACAAGUUUGGCUGUAAUGCCUGGCUGAGAAAAAAUAUAUAUAGUGUAUGAGGUUAGGGAUUUCAAUAUAUCAUGAUAUCUCCUUGAAUUACAUAAGAAAAGCUAAUUUAUAAAUUUCUUAGCUGUCCAGUCAAAAUGUCACAGUCGUGCAUAUUGAAUUCCACCAAAAUGUCUCUGUGGAGGGGUUUAACUCUUAGCAUAUUAGAAAGUUAGCAUAGUGUAAACAUGUUAAAGUGAUCAUGUAUUAAUACAUGAAACAAAAAUAGUUAACAAACAAGAGUUUUGGGAGAAGUAAAAUACCUAUUCCUUUAUAGACACUCUCCAUAUAUUGGAAAAAAUUGUUUUGUCAGCAUUCAUAUUUGAACAUCUCACACUAUAAUAUAAACCCCUUUGCUGCAGUACUCAGUUGCAUAAAUUUUUUAUGGUCACCACAUU